AUGGCGGGUAUAUUUCGAACCAUCUAUGACUGGCUCCUGAGGAUGUUCUGUACCCUCCUCCUACCCCGGCCCGUCCCCGCAGAAUGGAACCUGCUAAGUGCGGUACCGUGUGUAUUGCGACGUAGGGCGACGGAGAUGGAUGUCACCAUGAUCGGACUCCAGAAUGCAGGGAAAUCAUCGCUGCUGCGUGUGCUUGCGGGAGGCGAGUUUACUGUAGAUUCCAUACCUACCAUCGGGUUCAAUACGAAGCGGGUCCAGAAGGGCCAUGUGACUUUGAAAUGCUGGGAUUUAGGGGGCCAGCCACGUUUCCGACCGAUGUGGGAGCGAUACUGUCGCGGUGUCAAUGCAAUAGUUUAUAUUGUGGAUGCAGCAGACCGCGCUGCCUUACCGGUUGCCACGGACGAGCUGCACGAACUGAUGAACAAGCCCUCGCUUGAUGGGAUCCCUCUUUUGGUUCUUGGGAACAAAUCAGACCUCUCGGGUAAAUUGUCAGUUGACGAGCUGAUCGAGACGAUGGACCUGAAGUCUAUCACCCAUCGCGAAGUGAGCUGCUAUGGGAUUAGUGUCAAAGAGGAGACCAACCUCGAUGCCGUUUUACAUUGGCUCAUCGCCCGGACCAGCCGAUGA